CUGCUCCGCCCAAACCCCCUGCACCGAAAACCCUAAACCCCUCGCGCGCCGCGACGAAGAAGACGAGUCCCUCCGCCGAAUUCCCCCCGAUUCGCCCCGCCGGAACGAACGGCUCGGCUUGAUUCCGACCGCCGCGAAGCUCUUUGAUUCCGUCAGCCGAACCUCGGCUUCAAUGGCGGCGUCCGCUUGCAACCGAGCUAUGCAGCGAGCUUCGACGUCCCUCGGACCGGCCCUCAGAUCAGGCGCUCGGUCGUCUCCUCAGCUCGGCUCCGCCUCCCCCCGAGUCCCUCUCCCCAGCCGGUCGACCGCCUCCCCGCUCCGCCGCUUCUUCUCUUCCAGGUCGCCGGCGGAGCUCGCAUGCGUGCAGUCGCUGCUGCCGCUGCACAACGCGGUGUCGGCGGCGCGGCUGACGUCGUGCCUGAGCACGACGUCGAGGAGUUGCCGGGCGCUCUCACAGGGCACAUGAUGUUCUGAAUGGUUGAACUUGAAAGAAAUGUGCUUGGUCUGUCGGUUCCAAGGUGACCUCUACUUGAAGAAGAGACUUGUGAUUGGAAAGUGAGUUUUUGUUGUAAAUCAGGGAAUUCUCUUUUGAGAUACCGACUGCUUCCUAUGAGAUAUUUUUUGAAAGCUCAUUGAUUUUGUUUCCCUCACUGACAGAAAGUGAAAAGCUUCGAAUAAGUAAUUAUAGAUGUUAUUUGUUUCUCUUCUGAUAUUUAUUUUUGGAAGUUAUCAUGCUAUUGAAUUCCUUAAA